CAGCCAUUGAAGGGGCCGGAGCUGCGGGCUGCGUGUGUGCGCGCGUGUGGAAGUGUGUGUGCGUGUGCGCGCGCGAGUGUGCGGACUAGGCGGCGGGGGCAGCCGAGUUAGAGUCUCAACUCCCCGGGCUCCGCGUGCUGCUCGCCUCCCCCACCCCGGCCGCGGCGGUGGGCGUUCUGCGUGCGUUUCUCCUCAUUCAUUUCCGAAUAUUUGGACGUCGCGGUCUGGGGGGGCCGCGGGCCGGCGGGCGGGGGUCAGGGAGGCGCGCGCGAGCGGCCGAGCAGGAGGCGGCCAUGGAGAUGAAGAAGAGGAUCAACCUGGAGUUGCGGAACCGAGCCCCGGAGGAGGUGACCGAAUUAGUCCUUGAUAAUUGCCUGUGUGUGAAUGGGGAAAUUGAGGGCCUGAAUGACACUUUUAAAAAACUAGAGUUUCUGAGUAUGGCUAACGUGGAACUGAGUUCACUGGCUCGGCUGCCCAGCUUAACUAAACUUCGAAAGUUGGAACUUAGUGACAAUAUAAUUUCUGGAGGCUUGGAAGUUCUGGCAGAAAAGUGUCCAAAUCUCACCUACCUCAAUCUGAGUGGAAACAAAAUCAAAGAUCUCAGCACAGUAGAAGCACUGCAAAAUCUGAAAAAUUUGAAAAGUCUUGACUUGUUUAACUGUGAGAUCACAAACCUGGAAGAUUAUAGAGAAAGUAUUUUUGAACUGCUGCAGCAAAUCACAUACUUAGAUGGAUUUGAUCAGGAGGAUAACGAAGCACCAGACUCGGAAGAGGAGGACGAGGAAGAUGGAGAUGAAGAUGAGGAUGAUGAAGAUGAAGACGAAGCUGGACCCCCUGAAGGCUACGAGGAAGAGGAGGAAGAUGAUGAUGAGGAUGAGGAUGAGGAUGAAGAAGAAGCCGGCUCGGAGCUGGGGGAGGGCGAAGAGGAGGUGGGCCUCUCAUACUUGAUGAAAGAAGAAAUUCAGGAUGAAGACGAUGAUGAUGACUAUGUUGAAGAAGGGGAAGAAGAGGAAGAUGAGGAAGAAGAAGGUCUUCGAGGGGAAAAGAGGAAACGAGAGGCUGAAGAUGAUGGUGAGGAAGAAGAUGACUAGAUCAUUCUAAGACCAGACUCCCUCAUGUCCUGGGUGUGCAAUGGAGUGAUCACAUCUUCUCUGUUUCUUCAUGUAAGAUGGCCAUCCCCACAGAAGAUAACGUGUAACUUUUUAUAGGAAAAAGUGUGGUUUUACUAUUUUUGCCUUAUCAUUCCAAAUAAGAUUUACUAGUCUGUUACUGAUCACAUUAUAUGUAGAGGAAAUUUUUCAUUGACUUCAUUGUGAAAUUCUCUAGCAAUUUAUUUAGAAUCUUAAUUUUUCUAAUUCAAGCUAACUGUAUUAGUCAUGUUUAGCCCAGAAUUUAAAAAAAAAAAAACAAAGAUCGCUUUUUUCACAGGUGUAGUAUGGUGCAUUUCCUUGAUAAGGUUUAAAAGUUAUUUAUACAUUAACUGAGAUCCUAGUCGCUGGAAUUUGAAAUGAGCAGUCUCUUGAAUGGUAACUCGAUGACUAUUUUGUUUUAGAGAUGACCCAGAGAGCUUUAGUUUGAAGCAACGAUUUUUGUGUGUGUGUGGCUAAGGGUGUUUGGGUGCUUUUUGUCAUAACUUGCAAAGUAGGGGCAGAACAGAUAGUAAAGGUUCUGUUCAGUAAUGUAGUUCAUAGAUUUUGUUGGAGCAUCUGAAACCUUUAAGCCAGGUGACUAAUAAGAUUCUAUUUUUGAAGGAAAAAUUGCUUAUACUAAUAAGUUCAGAGACAUGCAGGGGAACCCUUUCUGCAAGCUGAAGAUCAUGACAUGCCAACGGUUUGUUUUGUUUUGUUGUUGUUUAAGUGUGUAGUCUUCCUUUUCUUCUCAACGGUCCCUUUAUCAUCACUUUCCUUUUUUUCUUUCACUCCUCUCCCUCUAUCUCAGAAAAGUUGAAAAACUUGGAUACCCAGGAAAACCUUUUGUCUUAUACCUCAACCACCUUUUCAGACCUGUCUCAGUUUUAAACAAGCUAGGUGAAUGAAAUUGAGUAUUUUCUGAAAUACAUAUAUUGCUAUCAGCACAGUUUUAUGCAGCAGACUGCUUACUGGAAAUCUUUUCCUUGGCUAAUGACAUGUACAGACUGUAUUAGGAUAAAGAAUUUAAAGAAGCAGAGGAGGCUUUUGGAAGCAGCAUUAGUGUUCCUCAAAAGUCAGAACAGUUAAUUGCCUGUUGGUAAUGAGUUGCUCAAGUGAAAUUUUAAAGUUGGCUUCCCAAAUGAUUUAGAUACCACUCUGCAAACUAUAUCUAAUUUUUCUGUGUAGAACCUUUAAUUCUUCCUGUAGUUUAAAAACAUUACCAGAUACUGAGCAGUUGGAAAAAUAUUGGAAACUAAAUCAAUAUUAAAUGAAGAUUUGUUUUCAGGUCCAGCCAGUAAAACUAGAAAGGUAUUUGGAAUAAGUGCGAGUGUGUGUUUCCCUAUAUGGCUACUAAAUAUCUAUAAUAACUAGCUGAGUACAUCUUCAUUUUUGUUGUGGAGGCUCCAUGUUCAAGGCAAUUGUUUUUUUUUAAUCUUGGCUAUCUAGAGCUCUCCCCUCCCCCCUUGUUUAGAAUAAAAGCUUUUUCAAAGUUAAUGUCAGCAAAUUAAUUGAAAUUACACUUCCAUACUGGGACAGUUUAAAUUACUGAACGCAGGACUGCUUCUUUAAUAGUUUACAAUUUAUGACUUGGGGUUUUAAAGUAAAAAUUAGGUGGUUAGUUGUGCAUAAACUUAAAAACAACUGACUGAAAUAAAACUCUUGGGAUAAAUUUAGUCGGAGAAUUGGAAUCUCCAAAGGCUAACAUUUUAUUCCUUUUUAACAAUUGAAGUACUCUGUUUUAGUCCUACGAAUUCUCAUUUUACUCUAUGCCAGAUUAUGAAAGAGUUAUUUUUAGAAUGAAAUCAAUAUAUUGGCUUUCUUAUCAAUCAUCUUGUGCAAUCACAAUUAGGGUUCUUUGCUUUGAAAACAACACUUAGAGCCUCCUGAUAACUUUUUAGACUUAUUUAGCUUUGUGGGCGGUAUUUUCAUGCAAAUAAGUAAGGGUGGGUUUUAUAUUUUGUAGAAGUUUUUGGUCCUAUUUUAAUGCUCUUUGUAUGGCAGUAUGUAUAUAGUGUGUUAAAUUCCUCAAAACUCCUUAAAAGAUCUUUGAAGUUAAUACUUUUGUGCAACUGUGUUUUGAAUAAAGCCAUGACAGUGUUAAAAAACAAAGAAACACAGUACUCACGAUUAUUCUUUUGUUUCUGACUGUUCCCUGUGUUGUUUUUUUUUUUUUCUGUGACUGCUGUAACUUAACAUUUUUGAAACCAAAUUGCUUCAAAUAAAUUGAAGAUUUGUUG